AUGCAUGAUAUAGUGCAUGACUUUGCGCUAUUUUUAAGUGAUGGUGAAUGUCUUGCUAUAGAAGUCAAUAGUGGUGAUGAUGAUCUGUUUAUAAACUCUUCUAACAAAAAUGUUCGUCAUUUAAUGUUAAAGGUUAAUAAAGAGGUUCCAUUUCCCAUGUCCAUUUGUAGCGUCAAAAGCCUACGUAGUCUUGUGAUUAAGUAUAGCCAUUCAUUGUCAAGUGAUGUUUAUCUAAAGUUAUGUGAAUUAACAUAUUUAAGGGCAUUGAAGUUCACCGCAAAUUUUUAUGAUCAAGAAGUUAUGGAGAUUCCAAAAGAGAUAGGAAAAUUGAUACAUUUGAGAUAUCUUGAUUUUGGUAGGCAAAAUAUCACAAAAUUACCUGAAAGUUUGUGUGAAUUAUAUAAUUUGCACACUUUAGAUAUUGAUGGUUCUAUGGUAAGUGAAUUACCUUGUGGCAUAGAAAAAUUAGUAAAUUUGAGGUGUUUAAAAAAUACGACAUCGUCAUUGCUUUACAUACCAAAAGGGAUUGAGAAAUUAACAGGUCUCCAAACAUUAUCGGAAUUCGUUGUAAGUGGUGGUGGUGAUGAUGAUAGCAAAGCAUGUAGUCUCGAAGGAAUUAAAAAUUUGAAUAAUCUUGAAGGGAGCCUUCAAAUAAGAGGGUUGGGAAAUGUAACAAAUGUAAGUGAGGGUAAAAUGAAAGAAGCACUCAAAAAUAAGAAAUACAUUACUGAUCUGAAACUGCAAUUCGAUAAGGGAACGAAAGAUGUUGCUAGGGGUAGCGUCUACUGGAAAGGUUUUGAAGAAGGGGACUCGUGUGAGGAUUAUGAAGUAGUCCUUGAAGCUUUACAACCACCUCCAGAAUUAGAGCGGUUGUCAAUUAAAUACUACGCAGGCAGAACUUUCCCCUCCACUUGGAAGGCGUCAUUGACAAAGCUGAAGAGUUUAUUUCUUGAAUCUUGCGUAAACUGUAAGAAUUUGCAUGCUUUGGGAGAAUUGCCAUCCCUUGAAGGACUAUGUAUAGGUUGGAUGAGAAAUGUGAAAAAAGUGGAUAAUGAAUUUUGGGGAAUUGAAAGUGGAGCCUCUUCAUCAUCUUCAUCCUCUGCCUUGUUCCCCAAAUUGAAAACACUCGAACUUUGGGGUUUAGGAGAAUGGGAAGAGUGGACUUACGAGAAUACAAAGAAGGGAGAAAAAGAAGAACAUAUUAGAUUCAUGCCAUGUCUUGCUACCUUGGAAAUCAUAGACUGCUACAGAUUAAAGGCACUGGCAGACAGCCUUCUGCAGAGGACAACACUCAAAAAAUUGGAGAUUUGUGGAUGUCCUAUUCUAAAAAAACGAUACGAAGGAGGAAGAGGCUUUGAGAAGUUUGACCCAAAUCCGGUAUUCAGAGGUGCAAUGACUUUUCUGGUGCUACUCAUGUCUGAUAUGAGAAACCAGGUGAUUGGUGAUUGGCUUUCCGUGUAG